GCAUUUGUGCUGUCAGGACUUCCUGAGAGUAGAGAGAGAUCUAGGGUUCUCUGCUGGAAGGAAGGGGUAGACUCGGGGAGAGAGGAGAACGAAGACCUGGAGAUGGGGAGGGAGGUGGCGGAGAGCUGCGUCGAGGGCAUCAUGAUAGAAAUGGUCUCCGCCUAUUGCUCCCGUUUCUACGCCAACAAGCCUGAACUCGCUGCCCGGCGGCUCGAGUCCAUCGGAUUCCAGGUCGGCGUCCAACUCUCUGAGAGGUAUACAAUGGACCGACCCCGAUUUACUGACCAUUUAGAAGCAAUCAAGUUCAUUUGCAAAGAUUUCUGGAAUGAACUUUUCAAGAAGCAAAUUGAUAACCUGAAGACCAACCAUAAGGGUACUUUUGUGCUUCAAGAUAACCGUUUCCGCUGGCUUACACGUGUGUCAAUUCAUCCAUCUCCAAUUACGCAAGCAGAUUCUGCUGCACCUUUGGUGGAUAGCAGAGCUGCUCUAACGGCAAACAUGCAUCUUUAUUUCCCCUGUGGAAUCAUUCGUGGUGCCCUCACAAAUUUAGGAGUGCCAUGCGCAGUCUCUGCAGAUAUUUCCAAUCUUCCAGCUUGUUCUUUUGUUGUUCGGAUCAAGGUGUGAGAGAUUUGUUCGAGUGUGUUUUGACACAGAAAAGCAGACGCGUUUGCCGAGAAACAAGGAGAAAAUAGUCGACCUAGAUUGCUUUAGUGCUGUUGAGGACAGGAUGAAGCGUAAGCUGCGAGUUCUAGUGGUACGUGUCCACCAUGGGAAUUCAGCUCUGGCACUUCUUUCAUAUGUAAAUGCCUAUAAGAAGUUUGUUCCAUUUCCCAUUGUCAUCAUCCAUCCCAUGGAUGGCUUGCGUCGAGAUACCCACAAUGUUGCUUGUUCUCCGUUUUUUAAUGAAAAUAAUUUGCUUGCACUUA